UAAUACGUCAUAAAAUUUAAAAAAAAUUUUUUUUCGUCAAACCCAUACGUGUGGGGUAUCUAUGGAUAGGUCUUCAAAAAUGAUAUUUAGGUUCCUAAUAUAAUUUUUUUCUAAAGUGAAUAGUUUGCGCGAGAGACACUACCAAAGUGGUAAAAUGUGUGUCCAAAGUGGUAAAAUGUUGAACGAGAUCUAUAGUUUAAGUAGUUUUUUUUAAUACGUCAUAAAGGAACCCUUCAUGGGCGAGUCCGACUCGCACUUGGCCGCUUUUUUACAACUAGGGGAUACAUCGAGUUACAAAAUAUUCCUAUCAACUUCUUGAAGGUCGCUUACAUUACUCUUUGGAAUUAAGAAAGAAAAGUUUUUCGUACAAUUAUAAAUAGUUAUUUUAAACUUAUUUUGAUGUCAUGAAAUGUCAAAACAACGUAAUGUAUGAAUUUGGCCUAACCUCACUUUCUAUUUAUUUCACACACAGUUCUUUUAAAUUUUACAAUGGAUGAAGGCCUGGUGGACAAUUGCUGUUACUGCAUUAGUUUGCGUACGGGCUGCAUAAUAAUCGCGUGGCUGGCGGCAUCGGCGCUUAUUGUAGGGGUCGGAUAUCACUACUUCGGUGAUUUCGAUAUGUUCGAAGAUUUCUGGUGGGUAUUUCUCAUUAUAUACUUUCCCGCGCUAUUUGAAGUAAUCAACAGCAUUGUGUUUCUUUGCUGUCUAAACGCGUAUGAGGAAUUUGCGAAAUUUUACUUUAUGGAAGCGUGUGUCGUCAAACUGGCAAUGGAUUUAGCACUGGCAAUGUUUUUCAUAGUUUUGGGGUGUGGGGACCCAGAUGAACCUUGGACGCUACAGGCAAUAAACUAUUAUGCUAUGGGUAUAGCUGUUUUUUAUACGUGUAAGUGCCUUUUUCACUUCAGACCGCGGCGGAAGUGCGCGCACGCAAAGAAAGGGAAAUGUUUUUAUCAGUAUAGUAUAUGUCUAGUAGUGGGAUAUGUAUUACCUAAUGUUUGUUCCUUUGUGGAACUUUUGACAAACACCUGGGACGAUUCUGAUGAUUCUGAGCGUUUUCACAUUUCCCGAUAUUGGAUGAAAGUAAGAUGUAAGACAUAGGUAUGCGUUUUUCUGUAUUUAUUUAUUCAUUUUAUAAACAUGAUAACAAAAAAAACAAUAAAUAAUGAAAAAACGGCGUACUUAUGGCACUCUCUUGGAGCUGUUUUUCUCAUAGGCGCCUUUCCACGUCCGAUAUCGGAAGGGCGCUUCCGGUAAUUUUAGCCAUGUCGGAGCCACCCAUCAGCUGUCGGCCGAUAAUAUUUGUUUGUGUGCGUAUUUGUAGGUAUAAUGCUCGUUGUAGUGUGCGUGACCGCUAAAGACAGUGUUAGUAGUAGGAUAACGAAAUAUCGGAUCGGAUAAUGUGAAACCGCUCUUACGUCUAUCGGUUCAACUUAAUUGUACGAGUAUCACUAAAGGCUUGACUACAUUAAUUAAUAUGGUGACAAUCAGACGUCAUAGGUAAUUAUGAAAAAGAAAAUAUGUAAAUCAACGUACUAUGACUAUGACUAUGACUUAGCGUCAUUGCUCACAAUAAUGUGGACAUGUCUCGAAAAAGGAUUAAAAAAUGAAUCAUUUAAUUACUUAAUCCAAGCAUUUUAAUUACUAGUCAAAAAACACAAAUAUUAAAAGUUUUAAUCAUGUGUUUAACGAUGACAUUAAAUUUAUUGUGGCUACAAAAUUUUCUUUGACAAUCCACCUCUAUUAAAAAUUCUCUUUGCUUUCUAACAAUACGGGCCUGUUUCACAAUGUCCAAGUAAAGUCCCGAAUAAGCUACUUGUCGCUUAUCUGAAGAAUAUCUAAUUUAUAAAUAAAGUAACUCACAGAUAAUACUUCUUGCAAAACUCAGCACUUUAUCUACCAGUUAAGCUUAUUUGAAGAUUGUAAAACGCUAACGAUGACUUUACUCGACAGACAAGUAGCAAGUAAUAGCUUAUUAAGCACUUUACUUGUACAUUGUGAAACAGACCUUAAAUG